UUUUCCAAGGCAUCUGCUGAAUCUUCCUUAUUUGAUUACAACCUCGAUUCUCUUUUCAUGAACAGACCGUGACCGUCGUUUUCCAUUAAGCUGCUUAUAUAUUUACAUGCCGGACUAAUUCGAUACGUGUGUUCUAAAACGGGCCAAUAAAUAGUUACAGCAACAAGGGAUUUAAUGAGUGCCCCAGGGAGAAAUGUUUUCAUUUAAUACAUAUGAAGUGGCAUUAUACAUUCCAAAUGAAGUCAUAUGUUUUUUUUUCAUAAAUGACAAAAUUUGCUAUUUGUUUCCUUUGACAUCCACCGCUUGCAUGCAACUGAUCUGAUUUCAUUUCUCGACUGGUGGUAUUUACUGCAGGGCAAGUCUCGAUUGCUUGUGGAGCUCCUGUGCGAUACCAAGAUUUAUUGAACGGGCUCUAUCCCGAAUGGAGUUGACUAGUUCAAAAUUGCGUCUUGCGUCUUCGGUUUCUUCCGAUAUUUCAUUUAAAGGAUCUCAUCUCAAAAAGCGACAAAUUAUUUUGAUCGUUGUGUUCGUGGGUUUGAUUUCAGCCUCUGGAGGUUUUCUUCUUGGCUAUUUAUUGAAAGCAAACAAGGCCAACAACGAAGACGGCUCGGCAGCGACCAGCAGCAAUGAUCAACGCAGUCGUUACCAAUUCAACGUCACCAAAGCCUUUAACCAGUUUGAAGAGGACGUCAACACAUCAGAGUUGAGAGAAAACUUGAGAUUAUAUUCCCAGAAGCCUCAUUUAGCUGGAACCGAGAGGCAACACGAACUCGCUCAGGUACUGGCAAAAAAGUUGCGGAAAUACGGGUUUGACGAUGUGGAACUACCAAGUUACAAAGUGUUACUGUCGUUUCCAAUAGAAGACGACCCAAACAUCAUAUCAAUCGUGGCAGAAAAUGGGACAGUAGUUACAAACGUCACGCAACAGAUGACGGUGAGGCUGUUUUUCAACGUCUUGAAGAUUUAAUACAUUCCUCCCUGCAAUAUCUGACACUUACAAG